CCACACGCAAUGGCAGUGGGAACGCUGGGGACAGCGUCAUGCCAACCCUGGGCCAGUACUCAAGCAUUUGGGAAGUAUAAUUUACAGCUAAAGAUACUGGAUCACACUGAGUAAAUUCAGCAGUCAUGGAUGAUUUAGAGCACAGCAUUCUAAUAGCAGAGCGAGACUGGGACAGCUUCUAUGAGGAAAGUGAAGAAUGCUCUAUUCAGCAGGCACAGCUUGCCGGCCUGGAUGACUCAGGCCUCAGUGACACUGAUGACGAAAAAAAGUACACUCAAGAGCCUGUUCUUCCUCUUCUGACCAACCCUGGAAAAAACGAGGAACAUGAUGCUGUAUCACAAACACUAAGCACAGUGGAUGACUGUGACAAAGGAAAUCCAUUGGAAGAUUCUGAAUGCUUAAAUCAUAAGACAGAUGUACAGCAGACUACACAAAUCAGUUUAAAUGAUAAUACAGCCACAUGUGUGUGUUUGAGCUCAUCAGACCGUGGUGUUAAUGACACUGGUCCUGACGACCAGCAAAAUGCCUCAGACGCAAAAAACAUCCAGGAGCAUGAUCAAAGUCAGGGCACAAACAAGUCAAGUCAAGUCAUGGAAGAGCCAAUCCCAAUCACUACUUCCCCAAGCACCAAUGCUGCUAACUCAGAAGGAGAAACACUAACAAAGGUGAUGGAGAGUUCAGCAACUCCAAAAAAAGAGAAGGAACGCUGGUUUGUCACUGUAAAUGACAGUCCAGUCCAGCAAAAAGUACACUCUGGCACUGUGGGCCAAAAAAAAAGAAGAAAAAAAAAAACCUCCAAGAAGUCGGGCCAUCGAAACAGUGCAAUGGGAGGUCAGUGUCCUCAUUCAAAUAGUGAGAAAGAAGCAGAGGGAGAAAAAACAAAAAAGCUACAAAAAGCACAGAAUAAAUUCAAGCAAUCUCUCCAAAAAUGUUCAGAAUCUUUAGAUUUUAAUACCCUUAAUAAGGAAGAUUUCACCAAUAUCAAACAGGAAGAAUUCUCACCUGUAAAAGAACUGGGAGGGGAGAGUUUUGACAAGACCUUUUUAUUAAAAAGUAACUGUACUUCAGCGGCUCAAUCACCUUUCACUGUAGAUAUUGCCACUGAAACCCCAGAAAACAAUCCCUCUGCCUCUCUAAAUACUCAAUCCUCUUUCAUUCUUACGCAUAGUUCCCAAUUACAAGCUAAUGUUCUAGAUAAGUUCAUGACACAACUUGCAAAUGACCAAAGCACAGUUAAGGGUUUGACGAACGAACCCGAAAACAACACAGAUAUCGCCACUCAAAAUCAACUGAUGACCAACAAUUUGAGUCAUAUUCAUGAUGACCCAAAAGAAGAUGCUCCUCCAAAUGAGCUAUAUCAACAGCAAGAGUAUUCUAAAGAAUCUAAUAAUGCAGAGAUCUAUUCUGUACAGGAGACACUGAACAUAAGCCUAGAAACAGCUGCAGGCCCAUCUCGUCCAAUAUAUGCCCUUUCAUCCUUUUGGGAUGAAAUGGAAAAGUUAACAAUAAAUGACAUUUUACAUCUUAGAGUAGCUAGUAAGUCUCCACUGAGCGGAAGUGUUUAUCCUGAAAAGAGUGAUGUCCAACUUCAAGACAGAAAUAUACUGGAUUCUAAACACAAUAGUCUCCAAGACAGUAACUUGGUAGAUGACACUGCCGACUCUGAUUAUUUCACACAUUUGGAUGACUCUAAACCGGACCGCUCAAGCUGUGAAUUCUCAACUCUCUCAGAUUUUGAUGAGGAGUUCCUGCAAAUAAUAAACACAAGUGCAAACCCUAGCCCUGAGCCUCAAAGUGUCAACGAGCAGACAAACAGUAUUUUAGAGUCCAACUACAUAUCAGAACUCUUACUAGAACAAGAGCUACCCACAGUGAACAAAGAAAGUGACUCAGAGGACAUCAUAGUGCUGUGUCCUCAGGAUGGAAUGCCACUUUACCUGUAUCCAGCUACAGAGGCACACGGCUUAUAUCUCACACCUAAGGCAGAAAGUAAUGGAAAUCCCUUCGAACUGGAAGGCAUCAGGAAUGCGCCGUCCCCGGUUUUAUCAGUUGGCAGUACUCUAGAAGAUCAGUGCCUGUUUAGUUUCUCUGAGCUUUUUGCCCAAGACAUUGAUGAACAAGGACUUCAGACAAGGACCCCAGACAGAUGCAGCUCUGCUGUCUCUUUUUAUUCCUCAAAGAAGUUGUCUGUGCCUGAGACGUAUGAUGACUUCUUCUCUGACUUUGUGGUCGGGAAUCUUCUCUUUCCUUCUGUCCAAGAUCAGACAGUUACGGUUCCCAUCUUCUCUUCCUCACGCUCAGUGGUGAGAGAUCUGGUAUUCCCUGAGGUGGAGGAGCUGAUUGAGAUGAAAAUUGAAGACGAUAAUUCCCCUGUACAUUUCAUGGCUCACUUUAGCAAUCAGCCAGAAAGGUCUUCAAGUCCCUUGCGAUCACAAAACUUUUACUUUUUCACAGGCCAAAGAAGACACUGGAGUAGCUUUCUCUCCCUGAGAAAAAUCAGAUUUAUAGACAAAGGGAGCACAUGGUGCCAAAAAGUCAGCUCAUGGAUUUUCCCAAAAGAAACAACAAAAGUAACAUCUUAUGUUUCAAGAGCCCAGCCAAUGCCACAUCUGUUCAACGUGGGGGACGGGGCUCAGGAACCGUUUGUGGUACAGCAGGACCAUGUUCAAUACACUGCAUCAAUCUCGAAAAGAGAGUGUCUCCACUUCACUAUCAAGCAGUCAGAUAUGUGCCUUGUGUGUAUUGCCUUUGCUUCCUGGAUCCUUAAAUCAUACAAUCCACAAUCUACAGACAUGUGGAAAGCAGCUCUGCUAGCAAAUGUGAGUGCAAUAUCUGCCAUCCAGUACUUGCGAAAAUAUGUGAAAAAGGAUGCAACUGAGGAUAAUUCAUGAUGUCGGCUCUUACAGUUUUCCAAGAAUUUCUCAUGAUGGGGCCAAUGUACAAUUAAGGGUUAAUUUUGCACAAAUUCAUUGUAACAAACAAAUAGAUAAACAUUAUUCACAUGGUAUUACAAUAUAAUCCCAAAAUAAUUACAUAAUUAUACAGUCCAGUUACGUCUCAGUUAAUAUAUACUACCAUUCAGAAGUUUGGAAUCACCUGUCAUAUUAAUAAUUGCUGUUAUUUUAUUAAAAUUUACUUUACAGAGUUCAGAUCAAAGUACAAAAGGCUAGACACCAGAAGACAUUAAGAUGUUUUCUUUAAUAAUUAUUUAAUUAUUUAAUACAUUAAUUAUUUUCUUUAAAAUUUAAGAUUUUUAAGAACACCAAGAAGUUAUUAUAUGAUAAUAUACUGCAAUUAUCCAUCUGUAGUCAUUUUCUGUCUUGAGAUUUGAUAAUUACGUUUCAGAUAUGAGGCACUCUGCAUAUUAAUUUCAUUAUAACUCCAUGUUCUGCAGGUUUGUCUUUCAUUAUGGAAAUACCUAUAGCUCUAUUUAUCAUUCUGGAUAUUUCUAGUUUCCCCACUUUUACAGCUUCAUACAAACAAGCUGAAACACACAUUCACAUGCAUGAAUAUAUAGUUUUAUGUUAUUAUUAUUAUUAUUAGUAGUAGUAGUAGUAGUAGUAGUAGUAUAUGAUUCCAAACUUUUAAACAGUAAAGUUUGAGAAAUCCAGGAUACAAAAAGAAAUAAAUUACUUUUUACUAUUUACUGUAAUUGUUACAUUAACAUUUGUUCAGUUGAAAGAUACCAGGUUGAUAUGGACCAGGAGAGGGCACUGGUAGGUUUUGUGUCAGUGAUAUUGUGAACUUGUGAUGUGCUAAACAUAGGUAAGUUGUGUACUGAACAGAAAGCGAUGUGGUAGGCCAAGCAACAUGUGAGCAACAUUUAAAAUCACUAAAAUGAUGUCAUCAUUUUAAUGAUUAUCAUUUUAAAUAUAACUAAAAGAAACCGAUUUCAGUGUUAGGUGUGUGUUAGUUCUGAGUUUUUGCCUAAUAAACUAUAUCAGGAUAAGCUGAUGGCUGUUGCUGUCACAUAGAAUUAUUAGAAGGUUUUUGUUCUGAAUAGUUUGAGAAAAUAGAUACAGGGUGACCUUCACAAUCAUUCAUUCUCAGUCAACAGUGUCAUUUUCACAGAGGUUUAGCCUUAUUACACUGUAUGUUAACUGACUGACUGUUUGAAAGAUGCAGCAUUUGAACUUAUAGAAAAUAUAGAAAACACAAGCUUCAAGGGAGAACUCAGUGGAACUUAGCAGUGACAUGUAUGAAGUGUCAAAUAAUGUUAAUAACUGCUAUUCAGUUAUUCAGUAUAAUUUUAGUUAAGGCACAAACACAAACGUGCCUUUUUUAUUUAAAAAAAUCAUUUUGGAAAUUAACAAUGGGUCAAUCAUGUACAAAUGUAUUAUUAAUGAAGGUACUGUAUACAUGUAAACAUGCAUAUAAGCUUAAUUCUUUAUCAAAACAUACAUACUAUAUACUAGAUAAAGCGUUACUCUCAGUAUUCGUGCUUUAUUGUAGAAAAUACUUUUGGCAAUUGUGUAUAGAAACAGUUGUAAAAUCAGUAGUUUUUAAGUAAAUGUGUUAACAGCUCUAACUGAUUGAGUACACAAACAAGAAUGACACUCCAUUUUGUUGUCACAGUUAGCUUUAUAUUGUUACUUAGACAUAAUACUAUAUCCAGGGAUAUAUGACAAGGUGUCAAUGAAUUAGUUAUUUGCUAUUAAUACAGUUUCACCUGUAUUGCAAUAAACAGUCCAAAACUA